AUGGCUCUACGUCUCUUUGCCCAGCCACCACGGCUAUUCCCUCAAUUUACAGCUUUCUCCUUCGCCCUCCCUGUCGCCAUUACUAUUCCUCCCCUGCUGGCCGACCUAUGGGAGUCCGUUCUCCGUGCCGUCCCGAAAAAGAAGACUUCCCACAUGAAGAGUCGUCAUCGUCAAAUGGCCGGAAAGGCAUUGAAGGAUGUACAGAGUCUCAAUAAGUGUCCCAGCUGUGGUCAGAUCAAGCGGGCCCAUUUGCUGUGUGCCAACUGCGUGAAAGAAAUCAAGCAAUCGUGGAAGUCGGUGGAAGCCGCAUGA